AUCCAAAAGUAUAAAAGAUCUGGAGAUCCAACUGCUGCAAGUGGAGUGCGAAGAACUCAAAAAUCAGCUAGGAUGCCUGAGGGAAGGACUGAUGGGGCAGAAGCCAGGCAACACAGAGGAGUUACUGAAACAAUCUCAGAAAGAGCUGUUGUGGCUUCAGAGACAGCUGUCCUUUAUCUCCACAGGAGGCUCUGUGUGUGUUUUGGCAGCUAGCAAGUUUAGAAAUGAUCCAUCAUGUCUGCAUCCUGCAACAUCACAGAAAAUAUUUGAUCAGACCCAGUUUUUAGAAGAGACCCAGAUUUCCAAGUCUCAUGUCACCACUGUAAAUCAAGAGCAUCAUCACUGGCAGUUUUUAGAAAAUGAACUGAAGGAUGCUGUGCAAGAAAAGAAUCGCCUGAGCCUUCAGUAUGCAAGUGUGUCCCACAAAGCACUGCAAUAUGACCAGGUAAAAUCAGACUAUGACCAUCUUAGAGAAACCCUUCUUAGAGUGACCAAAGAACGAGAUUUGGCUAUAAAGGGAAAACACCAGCUCCAAGCCAAGCUGGAGAACUUAGAGCAGGUCCUAAAGCAUAUGCGAGAGGCUGCUGAACGGCGGCAACAGCUGGAGUUGGAGCAUGAGCAAGCCUUGGCUGUCCUCAACGCCAAACAGCAGGAAAUUGAACUCCUGCAGAAGGCUCAGGUUGAAGCUAAGAAGGAACAUGAAGGGGCAGUUCAAUUACUAGAGAGCACCUUGGACAGCAUGCAGGCCAAGGUCCGAGAGCUAGAGGAGAAAUGCCGGACACAGAGCGAACAAUUUAACCUCUUGUCCAGAGAACUGGAGAAGUUUCGACAGCAAGCAGGGAAGAUUGAUCUCCUGAGCAGUAACUCGGUGGCAUCCUCGGAUAUCCCUGGUUCUCCUGGUAAAUCUCUAUCCCAGUUAAUGAAUGGAAUAGCCACUUCUAUAGGCAAAGGUCAUGAAAGUCCUUCUGGAAGUCGUUGUGUGAUUUCAGAGUUUAUACGACCCCUUCAAAUAUCUGGAGACAAACCAGAACAGUUGUCUGUCAAACCUACAUUCCUAUCCAAGUCAAGAUCUGGUACCCCAAGAUGCACAUUUGAUUCAGAUAUGGAUAAUGAUCAGAAUUCCAAUACCUCAAAGCAGAGAUAUUCUGGGAAAGUCCAUCUUUGCAUUGCCCGUUAUAGCUACAACCCUUUUGAUGGACCAAAUGAAAAUCCAGAAGCAGAGCUCCCCCUCACUGCAGGAAAGUACCUUUAUGUGUAUGGAGACAUGGAUGAAGAUGGCUUUUAUGAAGGGGAACUUCUAGAUGGACAAAGAGGACUAGUCCCUUCAAAUUUUGUGGAUUUUGUUCAAGACAAUGAGACCCGGUUAUCAAGCACAUUAAGCAGUGAACAAGAUCAGAAUUUUAUCAACCAUUCAGGUCCUACUUUGGAAGGAGAUCUCUUGGAGAUAAGUCCACCAAGUCACAUAGACUCUAGUGUAAUCAGCAAUGGUGCAGGGACUCUGGAUGUGAACAUUGAUGAAAUUGGAGAAGACAUUGUGCCUUAUCCUAGAAAAAUCACCCUUAUUAAACAAUUAGCCAAAAGUGUCAUUGUGGGCUGGGAGCCACCGGUAGUGCCACCCGGAUGGGGAACCAUUAGCAGCUACAAUGUUCUGGUUGACAAAGAAGUACGGAUGAACAUAGCCUUGGGAAGCAGAACGAAAGCUCUUAUAGAAAAGCUUAACAUUUCUACUUGUACAUACCGAAUAUCAAUUCAGAGCAUUACAAACAAGGGUAACUCAGAUGAACUGCAGUGCACUUUGUUAGUUGGGAAGGAUGUCAUAGUAGCCCCCUCAAAUCUUAAAGUGGACAAUAUAACCCAGAUUUCUGCUGAGCUGUCCUGGCUCCCUACAAAUAGUAAUUACAGUCACGUGAUCUUUCUUAAUGAAGAAGAAUUUGACAUUGUCAAGGCUGCUAGCUACAAGUAUCAUUUUUUUAAUUUGAAGCCCAAUAUGGCCUACAAGGUGAAGGUCAUGGCAAAGCCCCAUCAGAUGCCCUGGCAGCUUCCUUUGGAACAACGAGAAAAAAAGGAAGCCUCUGUGGAAUUUUCUACGUUGCCAGCAGGUCCUCCAGCUCCACCUCAAGAUGUUACUGUACGGGCUGGGUCCACCCCAGCAACCAUACAGGUGUCCUGGAAGCCACCAACUCUGACAGCAACAGGGACCUCCCAUGGUGCCACCGUCACAGGCUACGGUGUUUAUGCGAAAGGUCAACGGGUGGCAGAGGUGAUCUUUCCAACAGCAGAAAACACAAUGGUGGAGCUAAUGAGACUGAGGAGUUUGGAAGCAAAGGAAGUUACAGUUCGAACGGUCUCUGCACAAGGGGAAUCAGUGGACUCUUCUGUUGCUGCCAUUCCAUCUGACCUACUGGUGCCUCCAACCCCUCACCCCAGAACUGCUCCCAAAUCUAAGCCAUUAGCAAGUGCCGGAGCCCCAGAAACCAAAGAAGAACAUUUAGGCCCACAUUUAAAAAUGGAUGAGUCAUGGGAGCAGACUCGUUCGGCAUCCCCUGUUCAUGGACACAUGCUUGAGCCACCUGCUCCUAACUUUCACAGCCCACUCCAGGGGAGGAGGUCGCCAUCACCUAACCGAAUACUCCCCCAACCUCAAGGCACACCCGUCCCAAAUACUGUUGCAAAAGCCAUGGCAAGAGAAGCUGCACAACGAGUUGCAGAGAGCAAUAGGAUGGAGAGGAGGAGUGUUUUUAGUGAAAGGAGUAAUGCAGCCCAGUAUGCUAACUCAGAUGAUGAGGAAGAUGGCUAUGAUUCUCCUAAUGUCAAAAGAAGGGGGGCUUCAGUUGAUGAUUUCCUGAAAGGGUCAGAACUUGGAAAACAACCUCACUAUUGCCAUGGUGAAGAGUACCACACAGAGAGCAGCAGAGGUUCUGAUUUGUCUGAUAUUAUGGAAGAAGAUGAGGAAGAGCUGUACUCCGAAAUGCAGCUGGAGGAUGGAGGAAGGCGACGAGUCAGUGUGACUUCACACAAUGCACUUAAGGAGUGCGAUAAGAAUAAGACCACUGAAGCCACUUUUUUGGAACAGCCUGACUUUUCACAGCAGAUACAUCACAGUAAAAAGCUUUUCAGUAUUCCAGAAGUAGCUGAAGAGGAUGGUGAAUACUCUGAACUGCUGUACAAGCAGGGUUUAGGUAUGCCCUAUAAAAAGAAUCCCACAAUAGCUAGAGACUCUAGACCACCUAGGCCCUACAAUCAAGACCAGCAGCACAACUUCUGGUACCCAGCCAAACACAGAAUUUCAGGCAUGGAGGAUUUUGCUGCAGAAGACAAAGGAUGUAAAUAUAGCCGUUCCUUAUCAAGAAGCCCAGACAGUGGACUAGACUGUGGAAGUGAAGAAGAAGAAUCACGUUUUAAUUUCAGAUAUACUUGCGAUUCAGUUUCUGCCAACGUUGCUUCUAGCUGUUGUGCAGAGACUGCUAACUGUUCCUGCAGGAAAAGCAUGAGGCCAUUGCUUGCUCGCAGGAAAACUUUAACAAGACAAACCAGCAUUGAAGAAGACUUUGGUGACUUGGGUCCUUCCUUUGUAGACCCCAGGAGUGAACAGGUCAAGCCCAGUUACGAGAAAAAGUAUGACACUCAGAAAUGUAAUAGAACAGAUAAUUUGUCUAAUGAAGAUGUUCAGGGAGGCUGGAAGACCGACUUAAAAAUGGCUGACUCUAGGGCAGCUGGUCUACUUGCAAAACCAUCCCACAGAGAUGCAGAAGACUCUCUGCUUUUAGGUAAUCCAUCAUCUGCAGGACGGCCUGAAAGGGCGGAGCAUGCAGGACGAAGGUCCUCUCAUGGCAGUGCAGUGCCACAAAGGUCUCGACCAAUGUUGGUCCCUUCCAUUGAAAUUACAAUGGACAGUAACAGUGAAGGCGGUCGGUCUCGGUCAGGUAGUGAGGGAAAUAUUUCACCUGUAAAAGAAGAAGCUUAUUAUCGCAGCAUUGGUGGACACAAGAAAUGGCCUCAGCAGCGUACCAUGGCCUCUGAAUAUAGAUACGAUGGCUAUGGUGGUCACGACCAUCUUUCUCCAGAUAUUUAUGAAGAAUCAGAAACAGAUCCUGGCACAGAAGAUAUUUCUACUCGAAUAUUUGUUGCACUCUUUGACUACGAUCCACUGACAAUGUCCCCAAAUCCUGAUGCUGCAGAAGAAGAGCUGCCAUUUAAAGAAGGGCAGAUCAUUAAGGUUUAUGGGGACAAAGAUGCUGAUGGAUUCUAUCGUGGAGAAACCUGUACAAGAAUUGGCCUUAUCCCAUGUAAUAUGGUCUCUGAGAUCCAAGCAGAUGAUGAAGAAAUGAUGGAUCAGCUUUUAAAACAAGGCUUCCUUCCUUUGAACACACCAGUUGAGAAAAUUGUCAACUGUGACCGUUUCAAAGAGAGCACACGCUCUGUACACCGCAGAUCCAGAAAGUCUAAAAGAGAAAGAAACAGGCGGAGUGGCAGACAGCAUUCUGUGUCUACGAGAAGAAUGGUGGCGCUGUAUGAUUAUGAUCCAAGAGAAAGUUCUCCUAACGUUGAUGUGGAGGCGGAGCUGACGUUCUGCACAGGGGACAUUAUCACUGUCUUUGGCGAGAUUGACGAAGAUGGAUUUUACUACGGUGAACUUAACGGACAGAAGGGGCUGGUUCCUUCCAACUUUCUUGAAGAAGUGCCUGAUGAUGUUGAAGUCUUUCUAUCCGAUGCACCCUCGCGCUAUGUUCACGACACACCGAUGCGUACAAAAGCAAAAAGGAAGAAGAGUGUUCAUUUCACACCUUAAUAAGGCAAUGUAGCCUUCACGUAAGUGAGCAACUGAAGAUACCAAUAGAGAUUUCAAUUAAAGCUACCUGGCAUUCUAAUGCAAGUCUUGAAACUUAAUUGUGGGGGAAAAAAAAAGAAAGAAAUAUGUCUCCAAAAUCCUUGGCCACAGAAGAAUAGGCUGUAUGCUUUUAUGCUAUCUAGUCAAGUCAAUAUAGUUUUUUAGGAGACAAAUCCUUUAAAAAGGAUUCCUUAGAAAUAAGUCAAUUAGACCUCACUUUAUAUGAAGGUCAAAGUUUGGAACAUAUUUCUUCAUGAGCUAAAUGUUUAUGUUUACGUAGAAAGGAGAGUUGGAUGUCUAACUACCCUGCAAACAAAAGCUGCAUAUUGCAUUGUUAGCCAACCUGGGAUAUAAAAAUUCCAAGCUCCUGUAACAAGAGAAAAGCACAACACCCCCGACCCUUAAAGAACAUACAAAUGAAACUCAAGCUGAUAUGUACUGUAGUUUACAUGGGUAUAGUUGGUUUUGAAACUCAUUACACUCAAAUAUAGCUACUUAAAUUGUUUGCCUUAAAAUGUGUUUUCCAUAAUCGAUUAUACCCCAGUUUGCCUAAGACCAACUAUUAACAAUUCUGAAAAAAAUCCCUUUAUAUGGUACAAUUUACUUGGAUUUUCCUAGAAAGUGCACAUUUGAAAUACUAGCAACUGUUUGGUUUACCAAUGCAAUAAAAGUCUCAGUAUGAACCAUGCAGCUCACUGAACGAAUGCAUUAGACUAAAUAUAUGGUAUCUUCAGGUGUACGUUGGGGUGCUUUACCAAGUUGUUUUUUUUUUUUUUUCAUUAGAAUUAGACCUUGAUUUAAAAUCAAAGUCGGCUUGAAGCCCCUUUGCUUAACUCACUGUUGCACAAGCCAGUAAAUCGCGAAUGUUUUAACCUGAACUACAAGAUAGUAGGGGUCCCUGAGGCAUGGAUUCUACUAUGAAAAUAUCAUCUUAAUUGGUAGUAGCACAUUUUGUCAGCCAGGCACUGUAGUUAGGACAGGCUGAGUAUAAGUAGUUUUAGCAUUUUCAUUCAAGUGCUUUUGACAAUUUAAAAAAAAAAAAAAAAAAAAAAAAAAAUUGGUGUUUAAAAUAUCUAGGAAUGCUGUCAUCUAACUAUCGUACAAGUAUUCACCUUCAUUCAGCAACCUCAUAGCUGCAGCAUACACAUCAAGCAGUCAGGGUCUUUAAGCUUUCUUUGAUUGCAAUUAAGGUUCAUUUUAGCUUUUUCUUUUUCCUUUUUUUUUUUUUUUUUUUUUUAAGCCAGUGUGCCAUCUUCUCGAAUAUGUACAUAAAGUUUGCUAGCCAAUUUUUAAGAAAAGGCAUUUAAAGAUCAUUAAAAAAUAAGUUAUCAUGUAGCAUUUUAAGUAAUUUCUUCUAAAAACAGUUUGGCUUCUAUACGUUUCUAAUCUGUACUAAUUUACACAUUAAUUUUUCUUAAAUCUAUAGCUACAAGUAUCCUUAAUUUUUGUACUAUCAGAGUACUGAAAUGCAAAACCAAAAGCAGUUUUGUGGCUUCUGGGGACAGAGUUACAACAAAGCAAGUGUAUUCAACUCUUUCUUUAGAAAAGUAUAACCAAACCAGGGCCCUAUUGGAGUGUUUUCUAGUGUCUAUACUUUUUCUCAAAAUUUAUGUAUUUUUCAUAAGCCCAUACAGUAUUUUAAGCCACAAGGAAGCAAGGAACCAGCCCUUUUGUUUAAGUGGGUAAUGGAACAAGUGAUGUUACCAACUUUCUUGAUGAUAAUGGCUGUUAAGCUUUCAAACAUUCAAUAAAUUAUAACAAUGUACCUAAUAGGUUCCUCCUGAGAAUACAGGUACAUCACGGAGAGCACCAUCCCCCACAGUUCAUCUCCAUUCUGAGUCACCUCCGUCACCUAUGGGGUCUGGUAGUCCCGGGAGAGGCAGGGAUAUGUCCUCGAAAAA